CUUUACUUUUCCAACACACAAACAAAUAAUAAUUCCUCAUGCUCCAGGCCUCCACCACAAACAUUGGCCUCUAUUUAAAGCAUUACUCAUGGCAUCCUUCAUACUCCAUCCGGAUUCGGUCAAUUUGUCUACUUUAGACUUGUAUUGGUUCGGCAUAAAAACCCUAAUUUAUCCCAAGUUUCCCCUUUUCUUCUCCCUCUCCCGUCCACCACUCAAAACCAUUCUUAUCAUCCUUUUCCUCUAUAAAUUCCCAAACUAACCCCUUAUCUUUCCUGCCCAUCUCACUUUUCCCUCUAUUUUUUUCUGGGUACCUCUCAAAAAUUUAUCUUUUUCUGGGUUUCUCUCUUUAAUCAAAAUCUAAUUUGGUAUCCCAUUUAUUUUUGUUGGUAUUAAAUUCAAUUGUGAUAACUAAUUUAUUCUUUUUUUAUUUGUUAAAAAUGGCUAUUCCUUGCACCCAUUUCAUAUCCUCUGAAAAAGCGGCAAUUGAAAGUGGGUUUUCAUUGGGUUCACCUUCCUCAAUUCGGGUUUUAUCUCAAGACGAAUUGAAGCAAAUUGCAGCUUACAAAGCGGUUGAAUAUGUUGAAUCAGGUAUGGUGAUUGGUUUAGGAACUGGGUCUACUGCAAAACAUGCAGUUGCAAGAAUUGGUGAAUUGUUGCGUCAAGGAAAACUCAAAAACAUUGUUGGAAUACCCACUUCAAAGAUGACCCAUGAACAAGCCGUUUCAUGUGGGAUUCCAUUAUCAGAUCUUGAUACAUACCCAGUAGUGGAUCUUGCAAUCGAUGGAGCAGAUGAAGUUGAUCCAUUCAUGAAUUUGGUAAAAGGAAGAGGUGGGUCUUUAUUAAGGGAAAAGAUGAUUGAAAGUGCUUGUAAGAAAUUCAUUUGUAUUGUUGAUGAAUCAAAGUUAGUCAAGCAUUUGGGUGGAAGUGGUUUAGCUAUGCCGGUUGAAGUUGUUCCCUUUUGUUGGAAAUUCACUGCUGAAAGAUUAAAGAAUUUGUUUGCUGAUUCUGAAUGUGUUGCAAAACUUAGGACUUACCCUGAAAAUGGUAAGCCCUUUGUUACUGAUAAUGAAAAUUAUAUAAUUGAUUUGUAUUUUAAGAAAGAUGUUGGGGAUCUCAAUCUUGCUAGUGAUGCAAUUUUGAGGCUUCCUGGUGUAGUUGAGCAUGGUAUGUUCCUUGACAUGGCUACCACUGUUAUUGUUGCUGGUGAGCUUGGUAUUACUAUCAAGAACAAGUAGAAAUAGUAAAAUUUUUUGGGGAAUCUUAUUACUCUCAAUUAGGUGAUUUUGAUUUUGAUUUAGUAGGAUGAUAUGGAAACUCUUUUGGAUUUUCCUAGUAGUUAACUAAUGAUAUCAGAUUGUACUUGUUUUCAUAUCAA